GAACAUAUUUGGGACGAAUUACUCGCAAGAGAUUCUAUAGUGCAAUACAAUCUGCGCAUAAUGCCGCCGACUCCCCACCACCAGCUGAAGGGUUCAUGCCAGGGGUUGCACAGUCAAAGUUUAUUAAGAACACACAAGAAGAAGCAUUAAAAAAUCCAGAAUUAUUGGAAACAGGGGUAGCGAAUGGCGAGACAAAAAAGAUGAACUUGUUUCAGUCUAUCAAUGAUGCGAUGAGUAUAGCAUUGGCUACAGAUGAAACGGCUGUUAUUUUUGGAGAGGAUGUGUCAUUUGGUGGUGUAUUUCGUUGUACAUUAGGCCUUGCCGAAAUGUUUGGUAGAGAUCGGGUAUUUAAUACACCAUUAACAGAGCAAGGUAUAGUAGGUUUUGGUAUCGGAAUGGCAGCAAUGGGUCAUACAGCCAUUGCAGAAAUCCAGUUUGCAGAUUAUAUUUUUCCAGCGUUUGAUCAGAUUGUCAACGAAGCAGCCAAAUACAGAUACCGUUCUGGAGGUUUGUUUAACGUUGGUGGAUUGACAGUAAGAGCACCUUGUUCUGCUGUGGGUCAUGGUGGACAUUAUCAUUCACAAUCACCAGAGGCAUACUUUGCCCAUACUCCUGGUAUAAAGAUCGUGAUGCCACGAAGUCCGAUUCAAGCGAAGGGUCUUCUAUUGGCUUCUAUAAGAGAUCAAAAUCCUGUAUUGUAUUUCGAACCGAAGAUAUUAUAUCGCGCCGCCG